GCAGAGCAUCUUCUUAUGAAUGUGCUUCCAUCUGUGAGGCUUCUUCUACCAGGUCUUCGCUUCCAACGUGGUGCCGAUCACUGCCUUUCUUUCCCCAUUCUUCCCAGUCGAAAACACAAUGAUUCGCAACGCUCUCGCUUCGACCCUGCGUGCCGCUGCUCCGCACACCACCUUGCGGGCCGGCUCCGCCUCAUUUUCGGCACUGCCACGCUCCGUGGCGGCUUCUUUCGCGAGCCAGCGUGCGUUCCACGUGUGGCAGCACAAAGAUAACACUGUCAAGCAUGUGCCGGCAGAGGCGCUGCCCACCGGCCAGUACAACCCUGGUAUUGCCCCGCCUGUAGAGACGCUGGGCGUUGACGCUGUCCUUUCCGGCAACUUGUCUUCGGCGAAAUCGCCGACACCAGCCAUCUUUACCGAGUUCUCUCUGGCCGGAAAGACAGCCGUCAUCACGGGCGGCAAUGGCGGCCUUGGUCUCGAGAUCGCACUCGGUUACGUGGAGGCAGGUGCCACCGUCUAUGCCCUGGACAUUCACGACGAGCCAUCUGCUGAAUUCAAGGCUGUGGCGCGCCACUGCCGUGACCUGCUCGGCCAGGAGCUUCACUACAUCAGCAUGGAUGUCACGAACCAGGAGGACACAUGGAAGACGAUGGAAUACAUUUCCAAAGAAAGCGGCCGUCUUGACGUACUGGUCGCCGGUGCCGGUGUGCUUCAAACCCACGAUGCCCUCGAGUACCCCAAGGAGGAGUGGGACAAGCUCUUCGCUGUCAAUUCGACUGGUGUCUUCCUGAGCGCACAGGGUGCCGCCCGCGAGAUGAUCAAGUCUCCGCAUAUUAAGGGAUCCAUCAUCCUGAUUGCCUCCAUGUCCGGCUCGGUCGUCAACCACUCGCACCGCUGGGCAGCUUACAACUCGUCCAAGUCUGCCGUCUUGCAGAUGGCGCGCAACCUUGCUGCCGAGUGGGGUGAGCUGGGUAUUCGUGUCAACUCGCUCAGCCCUGGCCACAUCCGCACCAAGAUGACGGCCAAGUACCUCGAUGCUAACCCUGAGCUGCUCAACAAGUGGAGCAACAGCAACCCUCUCGGGCGCAUCGGGCGCAGCGCUGAGAUUCGUGGUGUGAGCAUCUGGCUCGCCUCGCAGGCCAGCUCGUUUUGCACCGGUUCCGACAUUAUCGUCUCGGGCGGCCACCAGAUCUGGUAAUUUAUUUGCCUCGUCGCAGCAAUUUUGCAGAGGAGAUCCGUCUAAAGACGUAAAGCGUGGUGCAGGCACUCAUUGUCCGGGGCUCUUCCGCUCGGGUCCUGAGUCUGCUUGUCUCAUCUUCCUCAAUCUCAAAGGAAUCGCGGCUAUCUUUAUAGACGUUCGAUGUAAUCACUUUUGCAAUAGAUC